UGUAACGUCACGAUCUGAGACCACAUUCAGAUCACCCAACAGAGUGUCGUUACACCUCUGCAAUAAUCAAUGAGCUCGUGAGAAGUCUACAUAAAGAAAACUGCGAUUAGAAUAAUACUUCCGGAAGUACAAACCAGCAGAGAUUGAGUUCAAAUACGCAGUGCCCCCGCCCUCUAUGAGGGCAGUUAGUUCCCCUCAGCCAGCUUUCACUCCUCUCAACCAUAUUACUGUUAAUGGGGAGCCACGCGAGACUAACGUCAAACCAACACGGACGAUAUGUGGAGUGAAGGCUAAGAUCGUGGUGGCAGCGGUUUUACUCUUGCUCCUCCUCAUUAUCCUCACUGCUGCUAUUGUCAUGAUAGCGGUCGCUUCAGCUAAAAAGGAGGCUAAAGAAACCUCUACUUCUGAGCCCGUCCAGGAAGCCACCAGCUCGAGUAUAACAGUUCCCGUCUCAGACCGGAUAUUCUGUCCUCUGAAAGACAUCAUCCUCCUGUGUCAAGGGGGGAUGUUUGUACAGUAAUGUGGAUCUGGAGGGGGAACCUGUCUCCGCUUCAAUUCCCAAGUGCUUCUACCCAAAAGACAGUUUCGUUUUAUCUUCCUCAAGCAACAUUGGAAACAGAACUGCUUAUGUUACCGACGGGACAGUCUCCAAUGGUACAGAAAUCACGGCAACGCUUGACGAUUCAGAAAACGAUUCAUUGACUCUCAUCAUAAACAAUAGCAGUAACAACAAAUCUAAGAGACAAACAAACUCCUCAGAAAAUUCAGAAAAUUCAGAGGAUUCAGAGAAAUUAGAGAACCAAUCGAACUAUGAAAUAAGCUAUGGCAUAUCAUUUGGUUUCAAUAUAACACGAGACAAAGAGGUUAUUUUUAGGCUGGAAAACAAGUCUAGUCUCAGUGUUAUGAAGAAUUUUAUUAGUUUAUCGAUAGCAGUUCCUCAAUAUUCCAAAGCGUAUGGUCUGGGAGAAUUCAGUAAGCUUGAGAAGAUAUUCGAUGAUUCCAUCUAUUCUAUGUGGACAAGAUCUGACGAGGAAGGGGCUCACCCGUUUAUAUUACUGCUUUCAAAUAAUGGGACUGCGAGUGGAAUCUACAUUGAUAGCACCUACCCAAUGGAUAUCACACUCAAGCGAGACUAUAAUAUCAAUAUUGUAAUCCUUCAAACCGAACUGAAGAUAAGGUUUUUCACAGGACCCACAGUAGCAGAUGUAAUUAGGCAGUACUGGGAUGUUAUUGGUGCUCCUUGUAGACCCCCUUACUGGGGGUUGGGACAUUUCUACGGUAGUGAGAAGAUUGCCUCUCACAAGGAACUCUUAGAACUGAUCCAAACUAAUCAUACGACACUUGGAAAGCUUCCAGUGGAAGGGAUUCUGCUGCCCAGCGCAAUGAACAGAGCAUCUCUCCCCUUCUCCUACACUCAACAAACACGUGACUAUAUCAAGAGCGUUACUGAUAACCAGAAACUGAGGUUUAUCGUCACUGUCCCUCCAGGAAUCACCUCUCUACCAGUUAGUUGA